ACGGUGGAGAGUCUGGCCGAGCACGAGAGCUCUUCUCUGGGCUCGGACUCUGAGCUCAACGGCUUUGCUAACGUGGAGAUCCAGACAGACAAAUACGGAUUCAUAGGAGGAGCUCAACAAAGCGCAGGAGAAAAUGAUAAUAUUCCUCCAGACGUGCUCCGGCAGAGAGAAGCCAAAUGGCUGGAUAUGCUCAACAGCUGGGACAAGUGGAUGGCCAAAAAACACAAGAAGGUGAAGGUGCGCUGUCAGAAGGGCAUCCCUCCAUCACUCCGAGGUCGUGCGUGGCUUUAUCUCUCUGGUGGGAAAGUGAAGAAAGAACAGAAUCAGGGCAAAUUUCAGGAGUUGGACAGUCAGCCUGGAGAUCCUAAAUGGCUGGAUGUGAUCGAGAGAGACCUCCACAGACAGUUUCCAUUCCACGAGAUGUUCGUAGCUCGAGGAGGCCACGGGCAGCAGGAUCUGUUCCGGGUGCUGAAGGCGUACACACUGCACAGACCUGAGGAGGGAUACUGUCAGGCUCAAGCUCCUAUAGCCGCAGUGCUGCUCAUGCACAUGCCUGCUGAGGAUGCAUUCUGGGGUCUGGUCCAGAUCUGCGAGAAGUAUCUGCCCGGAUACUACAGCGCAGGCCUGGAGGCCAUCCAGUUAGACGGCGAGAUCCUGUUCGCUCUGCUCAAGCGCGUGUCCCCGGUGGCCCACCGGCAUCUGAAGAAACACAAGAUUGACCCCAUCCUCUACAUGACCGAGUGGUUCAUGUGUGCCUUCUCCAGGACGCUGCCCUGGGCGUCUGUCCUGCGCAUGUGGGACAUGUUCUUCUGUGAGGGAGUGAAGAUCAUCUUCCGUGUGGGUCUGGUGCUGCUGAAGUGCAUGCUGGGAUCUCAGGAGAAACUGAAAGUGUGUCAGGGCCAGUAUGAGACCAUGGAGCUGCUCAGAUCUAUAGAGCCACGAUACAUGCAGGAGGCUUUCCUAGUGCAAGAGGUCAUGGAGUUGGCCGUGUCUGAGCGUGACAUAGAGAAGGAGCAUCUCUCUCAGCUCCGGCGCUGGAAGGAGACCCACGGAGAGCUACACUCUAAAUCCCCUCCCAGAAUGCACGGCGCCAAAGCCAUCAUGGCCGCUGAGCCGCCCGGUCGCCAGGACCUCAAACAAAACCCCACCAUCAUCGUCGAAGCACCGCGGACCGCCGAGAGCAAGCUGGAGAAAGGGAAAAAAGCGAAGAGCAAAAUAGAGAAGAAGACAGACAAGAAAAACACCUUGCCACCUCUCAAUCCGUAUCCAUUACCCAGCGACCCAGCGUUAGCGAGCAGUACCCUCUCACCCAGCGAAUCACAACACCUGCAGGAAGACACGCCCCUGCAGGGCUCCAAUCAGAGUCUCAGUAGCACAGAACACGACACCUACCUGUGAAGCGCUGGAAGAGGGACACCAGUGCUGACUGCUGAAUGUGUACUGUUGCAGAAACAUCUGCCUCCCCUCUCUCAGGAUUAGACAUCGACGGGGAGAUCACAUGACACGUCUGGACCAAAACACGCUUCUGGGAGACACAUAAGAGAGCAGGGAUAAAACCAUACACAUCAUGAGGUCUUCAGCUGUGCUUACAUGAUUAUACAUGUACAUGUGUGUAUGUUUGGAAAUGAAAUGAAGAACAACUCUCAGAUUUCCAAAAGAAGCGUUAAUGAGCUGCGCUGGAUGCAGAUGUUCUUAAACCGUUGAAGCUAGUAAUGAUUCGCGAGUGUAGAGGGAUGUAAGUACACUUCAUCUGCCUCAGGAGACUGCAUUUGACAGGUUUUGUAUUUUUAAAGGAAUACACAUAAAAUAUUUAAACAUAAGUUUAGGAUUUAUGCUUUUGAACUGCAUAUAUCCAUCCAUUAGGAUUGCACGGUUUUAAAAUGAGCAAAUCUAAUCUUUCAAUCUCUUACAUCCCAUACUAAUAUUUAACAAUUUAUUUUAGUUCCACAGCUAGCCCAGUUUGAACUACGUUCAUUCAUUCAGCUGAAUCGAUUUAAUUGUCUUCACAAUGACCAGAUUUAUUCUUAUUGAUUGUUCGUUUAUGAUAAAACCAUGGAUGGAAAUUUCAGAUGCAUUUCAAAUGCAUACAUCUUAGACCAAAAUAUUUUUUAAGUGAAUCGUUGACAAAAAAAGAGAGAGAUAACAAAAACCCCUUGUCGUGUUCUUAUACCUGUAUGUUUUUAUUUAUUAGUGGAACCAAAAAGCAGCAAUUUUGAAGAAUCUUUCCACUGCAAGUUUCCUUAGAGAUUUUAUGACAUCCUAUACUAAUAUCGACUGAUUAAUGGCGUUUCUUGAACUUUUAGGUCAGAAGGCUUGCAUUAAUAUUCUUCAUAAAAAUCUGAGCGAGUAAAUAACCGACUGAACUGUUCCUUUAUUGUGCAUUUGACUGGCAGCGAAUAUUUUUGAGGUGAAUUCAGUCGUAAUUCCUCGUCUUGACCAAUAAGGGGCUCUAUUGACCCGUUUUAAAUCAAAACUCCAUUGCAUUUCACCAGCUUGAGCUCUAGAGGGCGCCAAGAUGAAUUCUAUCCAGAGACCAAACAUUUCUGUUCCGUCAAAUCAUCAUUUCAAGCUUCGUGCUCUCUGACAAAACGCUAAAUAAAUAAAUCUAUUUAUCUUGGUACAAACAUUUAUUAAACAGAAUCUUGCUCUUUUGCCUAAUAGAUAUGAAUUCCAUUGAAAGUAUCAGUCGGAAUCAAUCAAUUGAAUGUACUUUUGGGAGAAAUAUUAGGCCUAUAUGAGCCAAAUAUGAGAGGUCUCUGCUCAGACAAGGUUUGCUCCUCUGUCGUGACAGAUUUUCUGUACCUUUCCAUGUGUUUCAGUUCUCGUGAUGAUGGACAGUGAUCUACAUGACUUUGACUGUCAAAUUCUUGACCAAGAGAUUGUUUUGCACAUUUCCGUCUUGAUUUACUAAACCUGAAAGGAUGCUGUAGGGCACAAUCCUCUGACCUUUUGUAGGGUGAAGAAAAUUCUAUUUUUAAAAGCUCUAUGGAUUUCUUUUCUCUGAUGUAAAUUGUAUAGCCAAGACAAUUUUAACACUAUGAGACUUUUGAUUUCUCUUCCUGCUGUGGCCUCUUGUAAGUAUGGAAGAUAUGUAUAUUCAUGAGCAUUUAUUGGCAGAUUUGAUAUUGUAUGCAUUCACUGAUCCAGCUUUUUCUUUGAGAGGAAACAGUAAUUUUGCGAGCUAAAAAAAUUAGCUCAUAUCAGCUCAUUUCAUAGAAUAAUUUACUAUGAGGAACCACGAACAGAUACUUGGUAUGCAUGCUUGAUAUAUUUGAUUGCUGAAUGUUUUGCUUUGAUGAUCCAGGUACCAUAUUGAUCAAGCUUUUUAGAAUUAGCUUCAAUUCUCUCGUGGGACAUGCAUUGAGGUUGAGGAGAGAUAUAUUUAUGUAUAGACUUAAAAUCCCUGAAUGCUGUAAUAAAGCCAUAUCACAUUUUUUAUGUGAGAAGUAAACAUUCUUAAUGUUAUCAAUAACAUUUUUGUGGUUACUAUACGAGUUAUUUCUAAAAAAGAACAUUGCAGUACAAUUUGGGAGAAUAAGUUUGAACAUUUCACUUUGAUAAGAGAUGAAGUUACUUGAGAUGUUAUUUUCCUGUGUUCCCGCUCAAAUUGUUACUUCCUCUGGAUGCAAAUUACAUUUCUGAGCAAAAACCACUGGAAAAAAGUGUUCAUGAUCAAAUAAAUGUGCUCCUCUCAGAUUGUGGUGUUCCUGAA